AUGACUCUCUUCGACGGCGUCUACCCCUUCUACCCGCAGCCGAGGAAGGCCUACGCCUUCGAUGUCAGCUCCAUCAUCGUCAUCGCCCUCUUCCUAUCGCUGGGGCUCAGCUUCCUGCUCAUCCUGCCGGGGAUCCGGGGCCGAGCGAGGCUGUAUUGGUUAUUCCGGGUUAUCCUGAGCCUUUUCAUUGGGGCGGUGAUUGUUGCUGUGCAGUUCACUGGAGACUGGGAGACUGGCCAGGUGACAGCGAACACUUCCUACAAAUCCUUCAGCCGUACCAUGGUGAACGCUGACAUUGGCCUGCACAUCGGCUUAGGGGGAGUCAAUGUCACGCUAAUAGGGAACCCAGUGAAUCAGAUCAAUGAAACCAUCAACUACAACGAGCACUUUGCCUGGCGCUUUGGAGUAAACUAUGACCAAAUUUACAAGGAGGGCCUGGCGAAGGGGCUGCCCAGCUCCAUCCUGUAUGUGGCAGAGAAGUUCAGCCAGCAGAGCCCCUGCGGCGUGCACAGUCAGUACAGGAUCUCCGGCCACUACGCAUCAGCAACUCUCUGGGUGGCAUUUUGUGCUUGGCUCAUUUCCAACAUGCUGUUCUCCAUGCCAGUCCUCGUCUACGGGGGCUACAUGAUCCUGGUCACUGGGACCUUCAUGAUCUUCUCGCUGCUCUCCUUCUCCACGGUCAGGAACUCACCCAUGUGCGCCAUCCAGUUCGGUCCCGCCUCCUUGCAGAUCGUCUAUGGGGCAUCCUUCUGGCUCACGCUUGCAACAGCUCUGCUGUGUUUCCUGAUUGGGGUGGUAGUGGUCGUGCUACACUACCUCCGACCUAAGGUACUGAAAGCCUUCUUUGAUCUGAGCGAGGACAAAGAGGAAGGGGAUGCGAUGCUGGGGGAAGCGUAUGGCAACCCCCACUUCCGGGCAAGCAGAAAGAAUCCUUAUGACAACUUUGCAAUGACCAUUGAGGCGGUCUAG